AUGCCCCGGCAGCCUCUCGAUCAGGUAGCAAUGGUCUUGACGGACUACAAUUUCAACCAUGUACUCAGCCUACCAUACCCCCUCUUCUUGGUCGCAUGGUGGCUGAGAAAGCCCCUGUCGACAUGUCAACAGUCGCCACAUGGAGAAGCGGGGUGUAGUCUACAUUUCCUCUCUAUUACUAUGGACAUCUUGUGUCCAAGGUUCAAGCCGAGCCAGCGCAAUCCAAGGUACAUAGCCAUUCUCCUCGGAGACCUUGGUGGCAACUGGGGUUUUUUUUUAAAAGCGCGCAUAAUGCGUUACUAUGACGGACGCCUCUGCCUACGCCAGGCUGUGCAAAAGCAAAAAAAGUCAUGUAAGCCUAUGUAUGGGUGUACAGAUGGCACUGUGCUUGGCAUGUAUGUGUGUGCCGUCUUUCACAAUCAAGGACCGAGGUCUCACAACGAACAACCCAGCUUAGUCCCCGACCCGUAUAUGCAGCUUUAG